AUGCUGGUUAAGACGGUAAUUGGACGAUUAUUAGCGAGAAGCUCGCAUCCCGCUUCCACCCUAAACGCCCUGUACAAACCUUGUAAUCCGAAUUUAUCUGCGCUAAUUUUCGCGUCCAGUUCUACGCCGCUUGCCGGACACCACCAUUAUCAACAACAAUCACUGCGUUAUUUUCAUACGAAAAAUGCAAAUCCAGGCGAAAAAAUUGUGGAACCUAAAGAGGCGAAAAGAUUCAUGAUCGAUUGUAUGAUGAAGGUGGGCACUGUUGAGAGUCACGCAGAACAACUGGCUGAUGUACUUGUGGCAGCCGAUGUUCGGGGACAUUUCAGUCAUGGACUUAACCGACUUGACAUGUACAUUCGUGACGUUAAAGAGAAGGUUUGCAAGGGAUCCGGUGAACCGACUAUCUUGAAAGAGCGUGCCGCUAGUGCUUGGGUCGAUGGAAACAACCUACUUGGCCCAGUGAUCGGGAAUUUUUGCAUGGAUUUGGCCAUUAAGAAAGCGAAAGAAGCUGGUGUUGGAUGGGUUGUUACAAGGGGCUCGAAUCAUUUUGGAAUUGCAGGUUGGUAUAGCAUGCGAGCGAUGAGAGAAGGUUUAAUGGGUUUGGCAUUCACAAAUACUUCACCAAUAAUGUAUCCAACACGUGCGAGUGCGCCGGCUAUCGGCACGAAUCCACUGACCCUCGCCGCAAAUGGCACUAAAGGCGAUUCGUUCGUGUUGGAUAUGGCCACGACUGCGGUCGCUGUUGGAAAGGUUGAAAUAGCUUCACGUCGAGGUGAGAAAGUACCUGAAUCAUGGGGUGUUGCUCGCGGUGGUAUUCCAAGCAUAGAACCGGCUGAAAUCAUUACUGGUGGCGGUCUGUUACCACUGGGCGGUCACGAGAUUAACAGCGGUUAUAAAGGUUACGGCUUGGGCGCACUCGUUGAAAUAUUCUGUGGCAUACUGGGUGGCUCUCAUUGGGGACCUCAUAUUCGUAAAUGGAUGUCGACAGCAACCGAUGCUGAUCUGGGACAAUGCUUCAUAGCGAUUGAUCCGGAAGCGUUUGCACCAAACUUCCAUGAACGUAUGCAAGAGUUUAUGGAUACUAUGCGGAAUUUGAAACCGAUAGGUGACGAUCCUGUUCUGGUAGCCGGUGAUCCAGAGAUGAGACAUACGAAAUUCGUUGAGAAAUGUGGCGGUAUCCCGUAUCAUCCGAAUCAGAUCAUUUUUGCGGAUGAAAUUUCACAGCGAUUGGACAUACCGAAGAUGAGAGUAAAAAGGACUGUAUAA